AUCCCCUUGUCAUUCUUAUUUCUCAAUCACACCUACAAAGAAAAGAAUGCUUGUGUCGGUUGUGGCUGAAUCCACACAUAUUCCAUAGUCACGACUCACGAACCCCCCUACCGACAUUCGCCCCAUCCUCAUUUACACAUAAUUCACUAAUCUAUAGUCUAUACUAUAAUAUUUCAUCAAUAAUAUAUAAAUAGACACCUUCAUUUAUUUAGCUCCAUGACAUCCAAAAACACACACAUUCAAUGGGAAACUGCAUAUUCAAAGCGUUGGGGGUGGCGGUGGAGGACAUGGUGAGGGUGGUGACUCCCGACGGCGGCGUGAUGGAGCUCUACGCCCCGAUCACCGCCGAGUGCGUCACCAACGAGUUCCCCGGCCACGCCAUAUUCGGCAGCCCCCGCCGCGCCUCCCCGCCGCUCCUCCACAGCGAGAGCCUCUGCGCCGGCCAGUACUACUACCUCCUCCCCGCGCACAAGGCCGGCCAUCGCGCGGCGGCGGAGACGCCGGCGCCGCCGUACCGGAUGUCGGUGGACAACCUGCGGCGGCUGUCGGAGGCGGAGGUGUUCCCGAGGUACAACACGGCGGGGGUGUGGAAGGUGAGGCUGGUCAUCGACACGGACCAGCUGUCGGAGAUACUGUCGCAGGAGGCGCGCACGGAGGCGCUCAUCGAGAGCGUCAGGACCGCGGCGAAGUGCGCCGCGGCCGGGGCGCCGUCGGCCGCGAAUUCCGACCGGCGGAGCAGGACGAGUACUGCCGUUGACAAUUCGUGGUGAUUAUAUGUGUCUAUGUAAAUAACUUACCCUCACAAUUAUUUCAAUAGUGUGCGUUUGUCCAUCACAAAAUUUUAUAAUAUGUGGAUAGCAUGAAUUUUUUUUAGCAAUAAUAGUGAUUGUUAUAUAUAUCAA